AUGCGUUCAUAUGGAACCUUUUUGACAACAUUACUCUAUGCCGAAUGGAUAUUCUUUAGUACAUCGCAUGGCAAAGGACCAUGCGAUGGUAUUGGUGCCACAAUCAAAUGUACAGCCUAUCGUCAUGUUAUGCGUCAUCCAGGACCAGAACAUUCAUUAACAUCAUCAUUAGAAUUUUAUAAUUUUUCAAAAGAAAAAUUCGAAUAUAUACCGAAUCAAUCACGUUCAAAUAUAGCAACAACAAAACUAUCUCAACCGAAAGUUUUUGUUUUUUAUGCUGAUGAGACUGAUAUUAGAAAAAUAUAUGAUACAAUUUUAGCUAAACGUUGGCUUCAAAGACCAUCAGCAGGUCCAAUAAUUGGAAUUCGUGGUUUUCAUCAUUUCAUUUCACUCAAAAAUAAUAUAAUGAAGUGUAAAACAACAUCAAUUUCCACAUAUUUUCAACAAUUUCAAAUGAUAACAGCAACAUCAACAUCAAAUCAAACUAUUCUAAAAUUUGUUAAGAAAGUUACUGAUAUAAAGGUAAGACAUGAUAUGUUGACACUAUAACCCAUUAAACAGUUUCCAGUCAAAUCUGAAAAAUCUUGUUAAAACGCAUUUUUUCAUGCCUUGUAGCAAGAUGAUUUUUUAAUUAUUGAUUAUGAAGACGAGUGGUGGUUAGGAAAGUCUUUAUAAAUCAACAAACAAACGAAAGAAAUCUUUAUUUCCUUUCUUUAUCCACAAGGUCCACAAACAACAUUUCGUUUUCCAUCAAUAAAAGAUCAUUUAGCUGUUGAUGUUAAAACACUAAUUGGAAUUUUAGUAACACCACCAACGCAACACAAACGAAACAGCUUCAUAAUAACAGGACAGCAAUUAGAUCAAAUACAGGAAACAUUUAACAGUUAUUGAUUUCUUUCGGUUUUAUUUCUUUGAAUGCAUAGUUUUUAGUGAUGACAACUACAAUAUUUUAAUAUCGCUGAUUGACCAAUAAUAAAAAAAUAAUAAUACAAUUAUAAGCAUUUUUAUUCAUUCAUUCUAUCGAAGCGUUCGCCCUGGAAGAAAAAAUACUAUUUUAAGUAUGAGCCGAUACAAAGUAACUCUCUUCAAGAGAAAACUGGUAUCUCUGUGAAAAAUAACUUAGAAAAAAUUUUUCGGAGAAACCUUAUGCUGAUUUUCCGAACGAAUUUUUAUAAAAAUACCCAUGGAUUUUCCCAAAUAAUAAAACUAAUACGGAAUUCUUGUUCAGCAUAAAAAAUUACCUAUAUAUCAAUAAAAUUUGACAAAGAAUAACGAAUAGGUAAGAUAAUACAUGACGAUGGUAAAAUGU